AAGGGACACAUUCCUCUCACUCUCUCGCGCCCUGGCUAGGGUUUCAAGGUUCUCCCUUGCAUGGCGAUGGAGACGAAGGAGAUCAAGGCGGCCAUCCAAUCGAUCCCCAAGCAGAAGGAGGAGCUCCGGAAGGCUUUUGAAUCCCUUCAGUCUUUCUCCUCCGCCUUCGUCUCCUUCACCCUCCAAUGGAAGCAACUCGAUGACUAUUUCUCCUCCGUCCAAUCCUCCAUCGAGUCUCGCUUCCAGGCCCUCCGAUCCCUCGAGUCCUCUCUUCCCUCGCAGUCCUCUGCCGCUGCCACCGCCGCUACUGUUCCAUCGGAGCCGAACCCUCCGGUAGAGCCGGAGAUAUCGCCGAGGUCUGAGCUCAUGCUUCUUUGCACUAAGAUGGAUGGAAAGAACCUCUGCACCUUCAUAAUCAUGCACCGCAAGGACAACCCUGUUAAUCGGGAUGAGCUAAUUCCGGCCCUGCGCGCUGCUCCCGAUGCGGCCGCGCUUGUGCUCGACGCUUUGGAUGGUUUCUAUUCGGAUGAGAUGAAGAGUAACGGUAAGGAUGGUGAAAUUCUGGCUAUUCGGAGGACUUGCAUUAAUCUGUUGCAGCGGGUUCAAGAAUUGGGGCCUGAAAUCAAACAACCCAUCAAAGAUAAGGCAAAGAAGGUUGCGGUCCAGUGGAAGGCAAAGGUCUCGGAUGAUGGCGAUGAUUUAGAGGCGCAUGGUUUCUUACAGCUGCUGGUGGCUUAUAAACUAGUUGACGAGUUUAAGGUGGAUGAGGUUUUGGAUGUUGUGGUUUUGGUUGCGAGGAGAAAACAAACUAUUGAACUUUGCAAGGUCUUGGGGGUUGAGAUGCAUAUUCCUGAGCUUAUUCAGAAACUUAUCAACAAGGGGAAGCAGCUUGAUGCUGUCAAAUACAUUCAAGCUUUCAAUUUGAUAGACAAGUAUCCUCCUGUACCCCUUCUAAAGUCAUAUCUAAAGGCAACUCGAAAAGCUGUCCAGGAAAUUCGGUUAAAGGGAAAUUAUUCCACUCAGAACAUGAAUGAUGCCAUGGUAAAAGAACUUGGUGCCCUGAAAAGUGUACUGAGAGCAAUUGAGGAAUAUGGGUUAGAAUCAGAGUAUCCACGUGAACAUCUUCAAAAACGUAUCACACAAUUGGAGCGGCAGAAAGCAGCAGAGAAGAAACGAACUGCUACAGACACUGCUGCCUCAAACUCGAAGAUGCAGCAGCAACAACAACAACGCAAGCAACAUCAGCAAACUAAUAAGAGACCUCGCCCUUUAACUGCCUCAACAACACCAACAGUUGCUAGCUAUCCUCCCCCUCCACUUGUUCGAAAUCAGCCUCAGUUGGGGAUGCCUGAACGGGCAUCUUUUAUGGGUUCAGCUGGCUCUUAUGGCAUAGCUGGACCUUCUACCCAUUAUCACCAUGCAGGUCAUAAUCUUUUGCCAGCAACUGCAGGACUUGGUGGACUGGCUGCUCCACCAAGCUCUUAUCUUUAUCCUUCAGAGCACAUUGUAGGCUCUGGGUUGUAUGAUAGGUCUUUGCCAUAUGGUGGUUACUCCAUAUCUGGAUUAUCCACUCCUUAUGGUCCUGCUCGUUGACCCUAGGAUUUAUUCACCGCAAUGACACCCUUCUCUAUGUUUGUUUAUAGAAGUAUAAUAUCCUGUUCGUGUUCUUUUUAGCUCUGACUAUAAACAUAAUGCUUUUAUAUAAGAUGUGAAAUUUAAUAUCAAAAUUAGAUAUAUAUUGCUCUUAAUGUGUUAUGCAGUCAGCCAAAGUUCUUUUUGUUUGUGACAUUUGUCUACAUGUCAAAAACCUACAUGGCGAUGCUGUGUGUGAUAGAUUGAUCAGUUGAGAAACUGUUAAUCUGUUAUAGUCAACAUUUUAUUGUCUGUAUUAUAUAGUUGAUUGGAUUCUAUCAUUCUAGGAUUGUUUUAUGGAUUGAUAAAUGAUCCUAGAUGAUGUUAGCUAAUUGAAUUUCAUGGUUGGAAGCUCUUGCUUCUGUUACUUGACUUUUA